CGCUAAUAGAACCGCCCACCGCUUGCAGCUCUUGCUACUACUCAUCCUUGCGAAGCUUUCAGUGAAUUCGGCCAGACGAGGUGGCAUGGCGGUCCUCGGAGUCCUGCUGACUGUCGCGCUUCCACUCGGGCUGUAUGCCAUCUUCCCCCAAGUCUUCGAGUGUAAUUAUAAAGAGGAGCAUAAUAACAAAGAAAAAGUGUGGUGCAAGCAGGAUGCUAACGACAAAGACUGCUGUGAUGGCUAUACUGUUGGAAACAUAAGUGUGACUGAGCUGAAUAGGGGCCAGUGGAUCCUGCGUGAUCAGAAAGACUUGAAAAAGUUCACCGUGACAGUGAAAACGAUGGCCACGGAGGAUGAAGGCAUCUACUGGUGUGGAGUACUAGAAAACGACCGAGUCAUACAGAAGUUGUCUGAAUUUACAAUCAGUACAAAACCACCGAGAAACAUCUGGGAUAUUCUGCGCUGGAUCCUCAUGCCUGUUAUGCUGGUUGUCACAAUCGCUGUCACAAUCUGGACAAGCAGAAUCAACAGAGUAGAGGAGAAGACAGCAGAUCUCUAUGAAGAAUUUCCUCUCAAUGCACCAAAAGGAGGAGCAGCAUCCAAUGUGAGUCAAGAGUAACCGGAAGCUAGAUGGAUGUCUUGUGCCAGUGACGGCGUCCUCAGAAGUCCGAGUGAGACAUCGAGAUGAAGUCAGCUCAGGCGCCUUUUGGUGGCCUAAUCUUUUGUGCGUAUUUGGCUUUGCUUCCACCAAAUGUUCAUCUCAGUGGUUAAUGUGCAGGAUCAAAGACUUGUUUUACCAUUUUACGUGCUUUACUCUGCAUGGGCCUCUUAUAUUCUGCUAUUUAAUUACAAUUUUUUUCACAUUUAUUUAUUUUGCUGACACUUUGGUAUGGAGUGACUUUCAGAUUAUAGUGCUACUGUUGUCCCAAUAUUUCUGCAAUUGACAUACCAGCAACUUAAGCAAAUUUCAUUUGGACACACAAGUCACUGGUGCGGCUGAACUGGCAAACCUUGUGAUUUACACUUUUAAACUUCCACCUUCACACGGAGGGUGAAUUAUCUGUCAGUUAUACCUGCGUGAAACACCAACAUGCUCUUUUAUCUCUUUGUUUUAUCCCUUUUGGCUUUCUAGAAGGUAGCACAUGGUGAUACAGCAAUCAGCACUGCUGUAUUAGGGUCCUGGCUUUAAAUCCAGUGCUUGUGUGGAGUUUCUUUGUUUUCUCUGUAUAUAUGUUGAGUUUCCUCUCAGAUUUCAAAGACAUCUCUGUUAGCCCCAUGUUUUUGAGUGUGUGUUCCCUAUAAAUGUGAACUGCAUUGUGCCCAUUGCUGUAAUGACUCUGACGCUUGUGAGUAAGUGGGAUGGAGUGACUGUAAAUGUACCAAUUCGGUCCAGAAAGCAGAAAAAUUUGACUUGCAGAAGAAGACCAAGUGCAUCAAGCUGUUAGGGCAGUAGAUGACUAGAAAACCUUGUACCUCUGCUCAUGUGGUUAACACACUCCAUAGCUGCAAGUAUUAACUCUUUCCUCGAGUGACCUCGAGUGCUAACUCUUUAGUCAGCAUUGAGAGGCCAUUCUGUGAUGAAUGAACUGCAUUUCAUAAGGUGGUCUUACUGGUAUCAGCAGCUAGUGAUCAUUGAGAAUAGAGAUUCUUGAGAGGACAGUCUGUGUGACAACAUUGGAGAGAUACAGGUGGCUUGCCAUAAUACAUUGUGAGGGCUGUGCUGGACAAUAGGUGCUCCUGUGACGCCUGUAUCACAGACAUUCAUUUCAAAGCAUUGGUUAACUUUUGUCCAGGUUUCUGCAGAACAGCCCAGCCCUUUAUGGAAGGCUGUCCCUUCGUAGCACACCCCCACAGAACAUUUUAGCCAUUACUGUGUGUAACAGGCAGUAGAAGGCUGCCGGUUUCAUACACCGCUGAUCCUUACAAAUUUAGGCACUGCUGCACCCUAGUGGCCACAGUUAUUAUCACACAACAUUGAGCAGUUUUUGUAAAGCAGGGGUGUCCACCUCUGCAGUGGCUGCAGGUUUUCAUGCUAACCCUUUUCCUAAUCAGUGAGCAGAUUUCACUGCUAAUUAACUUAUUUUCCCUUCAUUUUAAUAGCCCUGUUUUAAGGAUUCAGUCCUCUGAAUUUAUUUGUUUCUUCAUUAAAUGGCAGCCAAACAGAAAUGAGAUGUGAAACAAGCCAACAGAUGACCAGCUAAAUUGGAACAUCAAACUCCAGCCAAUUUCACUCCAACCAGUUUCUUAGUGAGAAGCCAAUUCUUACUGUUAAUUAAAGUCAUUAUUGAAUACCAGUAACGGCACACUGCUCGAUAACAUGCAGUGAAGACACUUGACUUGAGCAUUCAUCGUUUUCAUCCUCUUUCUCUGUACAUUUAUCAUUCGUUUGCUCAGACGUUGAUGCACUUGCUGCUUCCUGAGCAGCUCUUCUUUUCUCCACCCUAGCAGCCUGCUUCUUCUCUUCUUCCGUCGGCAUCUUUUUGCAUUAAAACUGAUUAAGUCAGUGUUUGUGUUGCAAUUACUUAGUACAUUUUCUGUAAUUUUUCACUUAAGGUGGCACUUAAGUCUUAAAUCAUUCUUGAGAAAGACUGAAGAUAAGAAGAGAUAUGAAGAGGUAGGAGAAGAGACCGCAAAGGUGUAGGGAUGAGAACAGAGCCACUCUGCUGGCCGCUGCCGAGAGUUGAUUCUACAAUAAAACAAAAAUAAAAAGUGGAAUAACCUUGGAGGUCAAUCAUCACCCCACCGCGGAUAGUAGACAUCACAUAGUAUAUGUGUACCAAAUUUCAGGUCAAUAGUUCAAACGGCUUGCAAGCUACAGCUGAUUUAAAAUCCUGGACAUACAAACAAACAGCCACGGUAGCGUAUUAUAUAUAAAGAUCAUGACUUGAUGCUGCUCUCAUUCUGCCACAGCAGACUGUUGAUUUUCUGUUUAUUCCAAGACCACCGUCAAGAUGUUUUGGUGACCUGAGCAGAUUAGCAUAACCGAGACCUUCACCUUUCUUUAUGUUCAGGUUAGCUAGUCACGUGGUGGCUUGUUUUGUGCCUCAUUUUUAUUUGGCUGCUUAUUAAGGAAAAAGAAACAACUAAUUUGUAAUUGCACCUCUGAAUGAUUCUGUAAUGUGGCUCAUUAUACUCUGGAAAAAUCCACCUUCUAUACAGCACUGGAAUUGGGUGAGGGACUGAUAAGCACACUCUGAGUGCAGAAGGCUGUACGCUUUUAUAAAGAACUAAAAUAAAGGUACAACAAAAUCUCAAAAAAAAAAAGUGAAUAAUGAUAUAUGAUGUGACUUGUUUCUUCUGUGUGAAGCACAGAGUGGCAAAGUCCAAGUCUUAAUUAAAUAAGUGGUUUAUUAAAUGAAAACGCAUGUGUGAGAGUGAUCAGGAACUUAAAAACAUAACAAAGCAAACAGAAAACAGACCCUGGCUACUGCCCUUGGCCUAGCUAUACCAAUUCAGGUAAUCCUGGUUAUUGUGGUGGGCUGGCUUGCCCACUUUCCCACUGCCUCAAGCUACUAAUACAACACUCUGGCCACAUCACCUCCUCCCUAACCUAAUCAUUUUCUGUGCUGCUGAUUGGCUCAAGCAAAAUGGAUUUUUUUUAAAUCAUGUGACACAAAAUGGCUGCCCACAGGACGCUGUUAGCAGCUGCCUGAGUAGCACAGACCGAUAACCUUCUACAAUUUUUCACUGCAUCUUUAAUGUAUAAAUUUGGAUUCUUUUUUUAAAAAUCUAACAAACACACCAUUAAACAUAAUUUAAAACAAUCAAAAUGUAUUUAUUUAAUAAAAAAUAAGUAUUCACAUUCAAGUCCAUUUAUGAUUUUUAUUUACUGCUAGCAACAAGAGGUGGAGGGUGCUGUAGCCCCCCGUAGCGGAGAAAACACCACUACAUGGCUGUACACACAAGUGGCCAAUUAGGAAAGCAUACCACUUACUUUGAUGACACCCUCAGCGAGACAUUCAUCUGUAAGUACGUCCAUUCACUUUUGUACCUGUCUAAUCUCGUUCAAACAUUCAAUUGAUACGUUUCUUAUAUAUUGCAAUGUCCAAUGAUUUAGCAAUGACAUACGGAAAAAAAAAAUAGAAGGGUCCAAUUCAAAACUCUUGACUUACAGAUUCCUGCAGGACUCUGCACUUCAUCUCUCCUUGUGUCCCCUUUGAAGAUGUCUAGGUUCUGCUUCAGCCUUUCUCCUGACCUUUCCUUCUUCCUCCCAAUGUGCAGAACUUAAAUGAUGCUUUCUAGUUGUCACUCCCAGACUACAGAUUACGCUUCCCACAGCUGGCCAAAAUGCUCCUAAUCUGAGGAUAUUUGCCACUUGAAAAUGCACCAUACAUGCAAGCCACCUUGGGACUGCUUAGACGUUUCACAUCUCUGCUGACGUAAGCAACUGCAAAAUACUGAUUUUUUUAUAUGAUAGUUCUUUUGUUUUAUAUAUAUUCUGGAGACUUACUUGUGUGCUGUAUAGUAAUUUUAAUUUUGUUCUCUGUUGUUUAUGACCUUUGUAUGGUUUAAUCACACAAUAUUGUAUGUAUUAUAGGUUGAUUUUGUAAGGCACCUGCUAAAUAAAGUACAAUAGCGAAACAGUA